AUGACAAACGCUACAUCGAUAGCUACAGAUAUGGCUUCAAACGCAUUAAAAGGCGCAUACUCUUUCAUGAACUCACCAGUGGCUCCUGAAGUAGUGUUGGUACCCAAAAAAUCCCUUCUCGACUGGAUUUCAGAUGGUUAUUUGGCUCUAGCUCUGCCGGUAGUCGCAUACUGGUGUUUUUCGAUGAUAUUCCAUACCAUCGACACGUUGCAACUUGCUGAAAAGUAUCGUAUACAUCCUUCUAAGGAGGUUGCCGCCAGAAACAAGGCUGGCCGCAUGGAGGUUUUAUCCGAGGUUAUCUUUCAGCAUGUUUUGCAGACCGUAACUGGUGCGGUCGUCCUGCAUUUUGAUGCGGAGCCUAUGACUGGCUUCGAAGCGCGCGCUAUGUGGGAAUGGAGAAGAUCACUGCCAUUCUGGGUUCCAAAUGAGGUGAUAUAUUUUGGAUACAUGUAUGGUAUUUCUUUGCUUAGGGUAUUUGUGGGGUUCUGCAUCAUUGAUUCUUGGCAAUAUUGGCUACACAGACUCAUGCACACGAACAAAACCCUUUACAAGAUGUAUCACUCCAGGCAUCACCGACUAUAUGUCCCAUAUGCUUACGGCGCAUUAUACAACGCCCCAACGGAAGGGUUCUUGUUAGACACUUGUGGUGCAGGUCUUGCUGCUAUUUUGACUGGUUUAACUCACAGAGAACAGGUUCUACUAUAUACAUUCUCUACUAUGAAGACUGUUGAUGACCACUGUGGUUACGCUCUUCCAUGGGAUCCAUUCCAGUGGUUGUUUCCUAACAACGCUGUGUAUCAUGACAUUCAUCAUCAACAGUUUGGUAUUAAGACAAACUAUGCCCAACCCUUCUUUACCUUGUGGGACACCGUCUGUGGCACCAAGUUCCAUGGUUUUGAAGAGUACGAACGUGCUCAAAGACGUAUUACCAUUGACAAGUACAAGGAGUUCUUGAGUAAAAGAGAAGCUGAAAAGCAGGCCAAGAUCAGCAAGGGCAUUACUUCUAAGAAGGAUCAGUAG